CAUGACUAGUACCGUGCUCCGACAACGCAGGUUCCGCUCCCUGUGGCACUGUUACACAGUGGACGCAGUCCUCCGCAUAGCUCAGGAUCCCUACUCUUUGCUCACCUGUUAUCGGGCGCUGCACCCCCAGUCCUGCUGCUUCACAACGAGACCACUGACUUCUUCCGCUUGCACCAUGGCCGGGAAGAUUGACCUGAACUCUCCCUCCACCAGCUGGAAAGAAGCUAAAACUUUCCUGAAGAGUCUCAACAGUAAGCAGAGACGUGAACAUUACUCUGUGAAAGAUUUUGUCAAGCUGAAGGAGAUCCCUGCAUGGAAAGACACAGCAAAAAAGGCUCGAGCCAGACAGCCUGAAGAAGUCAAGUUCCCAAAGAGCAAAGAUCUGAAUGAGAAGAUUUCUCUUGUCAGAGGCGACAUCACUAAACUAGAGGUAGAUGCUAUUGUUAAUACAGAUCCACCUGACUGCUUUCUUAAUGAUCCAGCAGAGCGUUCAUACAGCACUUUGCUGGAUAAAUGA